AUGGACACUUUUGUGGAAGAUUUUCACAGCAAGCAGGAUGUGGAACGAAUGCAGUACGAACCGUUCGGACGGACGGGAUUGAAGGUGUCUAGGGUUUCCUUUGGUACGGGGACUUUUAGUCAACUUUACGGUGACCUCGAUGAAGCGGAAGCACUGGAAUCGGUAAAGGUAGCAGCGAAACGCGGGAUAAACUACUUCGAUACGGCCCCUUUCUACGGUCAGGGACGUUCGGAGGAGGUCCUAGGAAAAGCCUUGCGGCAAAUACCACGCCAAGCAUACUAUGUCGCAACCAAGGUCGGACGCUAUGAGCGAGAUUUUGAGCGAAUGUUUGACUACAGUGCGGUCAAAACGCGUGAAAGUGUGGAGAAAAGUCUACAGCUGCUCGGCGUAGAUUACAUCGAUGUGGUCCAGAUUCACGAUGUAGAGUUCGCCCCUAAUCUGGACAUUGUUAUCCAGGAGACACUUCCCACCCUGGAAGCUUUACGCAGCGAAGGAAAGCUACGCUUUAUCGGCGUUUCCGCUUAUCCGCUAGCAGUGUUGAAGGAAAUCAUCUCUAAAGCACCUGGCCGUUUCGAUACCGUGUUGUCCUACUGCCGAAACACUCUGUUUGAUGAUGCACUGAAGGAUUACAUCCCAUUUUUUGAAGACAAUAAUUUAGCAAUUAUUUGCGCAUCCGGUCAUGGUAUGGGACUGCUUACGAACGGUGGUCCACAACCGUGGCAUCCGACGGAUCAACAAAUGAAAACGGUUUGCAAAGAAGCGGCAGAGUAUUGUAAGGGGGCAGGAGUUGAACUUGGUAAGCUGGCGAUGUAUCACUGCAUUCAAAUGGCCGGUCCGGCAACGUUUUUGGCCGGUAUGCAGACUACCGCACUGGUUGACAUAAAUCUGGAUGCGUUCUUAAAUGGACUGUCGGAGAAGGAGGCCGAAGUGUUGGCGUAUCUAAAAGAACGGAUAAUUACAAAAAUUAACAACACACACUGGGAAGGAGUCGAGCUGAAAGCGUACUGGGCCGCUAUGAAAGAAGUCAAAUGA